GUGACGCGUUGUUUUCUAGGCGCUUUAGAACAACGUAGGCUUGUUUGGCGCUUUAGAGUGACGUUAGAUUUUGACCAUCUUUGUUCGAGCUAAAGGAGGGCUGUCGGUGCGUCUGUAUCUGGGCCGCUGGAGGUAAUGGCGAGUCAGUCGAUGGACAUUGUGGCCAAGGUGCUGGAGCAGCAGGUGCUCCAGUCGGCGAGGCUGGUGGAGGAGCAGCUGGAUGCAGAGCUGGAGAAGCUGGAUAGACUAGAUGAGGAUGAGCUGGAGAAGCUGAAGGAGAGGAGGCUGGAAGCCCUCAAGAAAGCCCAGAAGCAAAAGCAGGAAUGGCUCUCAAAAGGACAUGGUGAAUACAGAGAGAUUCCCAGUGAGAAGGAUUUCUUUGCUGAGGUUAAAGAAAGCAAGAACGUUGUUUGCCAUUUCUACAGAGACUCUACUUUCAGGUGUAAAAUCCUAGACAAGCACCUUGCCAUCCUGGCAAAGAAGCACCUGGAGACAAAGUUCAUUAAACUCAACGUGGAGAAGGCGCCAUUUCUCACUGAGCGCCUGCGGAUCAAGAUCAUCCCUACCAUGGCUUUGGUCAAGGAUGGCAAGACCAAGGACUACGUGGUUGGAUUCACAGACCUGGGGAACACGGACGAGUUUUCCACAGAGAUGCUGGAAUGGCGGUUGGGCUGCUCAGAUAUAAUUAAUUACAGCGGCAAUCUGUUGGAACCCCCUACAGCUGCUCAAAAGUCCAGCUCAAAGUUCACCAAGGUAGACAAGAAGACAAUCCGAGGGAAAGGAUAUGAUUCGGACUCUGAAUCCGACGAUGAUUAGGGGCUGUUUCCUGCACAAUCUCUUCUCAGGACUUCCUUUAGUCAGUCCUUAAAACCCAAACUAAACCACAGAUUGAUUCAAGUAUUUUUAACUAUCAUUUUUUUUUCCUUUCUGUGUUUCCCCCAUAUCUUCCCCAUUUUUUUUCAUGCCAAGUGUCAUUUGCCCAUAUAUAAAGGAACUUUUUGUUGGAUUGAUGCUGGGUUCUUGAAGAAAUUCAACUAGCUCUGGACAACAAAUAAGUGCCAAGGAAGCUCUCUUCCACUCUUUGCCAUGUGUUGGUGCAGUAACACAGGUCUGAGUUUUUCUAUGAAGAUACUUUAUCUUAAUAAAUCACUUAGAAUUGGC